AUGUCGACGUCGGUGGGUGCCCCUCAACAAUUCAAGCAGCCUUCCCGUAAGGGUAAGAAGGCCUGGCGCAAGAAUGUCGACGUCACAGAAGUGCAGGAGGGUCUGCGCGAGCUGAGAGAUGCUGAGAUCCAAGGUGGUCUGAUCACGGAGAAGCCCUCCGAAGAGCUUUUUAUCCUUGAUACCACCGGAGACCAGGAUGUUCGCCAAUCGAUUGCAAAGAAGCACAAGCCGCUCAAGGCCGACCAGAUCAUCGCUCAGCGGUCUGCCAUCGCCGCAUUGGACGGACGCAAGCGUGGUAAUUCAAAUAUCACCGACGGAGUUAUCGAGCCCAAGACGAAGAAGCACAAGAAUGACUGGGUUAGUCGCAAGGAUUACUUGCGCUUGAAGCAGGUGGCAAAGGAAGCAAACCCGAUCAGCAAGAAGGGCAACAACGAGCUUUACGACCCCUGGGCGGAUGAUGCUGAGGAGCCUACUGUCUACGAAGAUCCUCGCUUUGAUUUCCUGGUGAAGCCCAAGGCCAAGGUUGCUCCGGAGACCUUGAAGCAUGCGCCAAUCUCACUCGCUGCCAACGGAAAGCCCAUUCCCGCCGUGCGCAUGCCUCAUGCUGGAACCAGCUACAACCCGGUGUUCGAAGACUGGGACACUCUCCUGCAGGAGCAUGGAGAGCAGGCUGUCGAGGCUGAGAAGAAGCGCCUUGAAGAUGAAAAGAAGGAGGAGGAAAGACAGCGAUUGAUCGCCGAGGCUCAGAAUGACGACGGAGAAGUCAAGUCCGACGACGAGAGCGCUUGGGAAGGCUUUGAGAGUGAAUAUGAGAAGCCCGAGUGGUUGAAUAAGAAGCGACCCGAGCGAAAGACCAAGACCCAGCGCAACAAGAUCAAGCGGCGCAAGGAGGCUGAGAGGCAAGCGAAGUGGGAGGAGCAGAAGGCCAAGAAAGAUGCCCAAGCCGAGCGAAUUGUAGAGCUCACCGAGCUCGCCAAGCAGAAGGAACUUGAGCGUGCCAAUGAGUCUGAUGCUGAUGACUCGGAGGAGGGCGAUGAGACUACUCUGCGUCGGAAGCCAUUUGGCGGCAAGCUUGCACCCCCCGAGAAGCCAUUGGAGCUGGUUCUCCCCGAUGAGCUGCAGGACUCUCUGCGCUUGCUCAAGCCCGAGGGCAACCUCUUGGACGACCGAUUCCGCACACUCAUUGUCCAGGGCAAGCUCGAGUCCCGCAAGCCGGUAACACAGGCCCGCAAGGCGAAGAGAAAGAUUACGGAGAAGUGGAUGUCCAAGGACUUCAAGGUUCCUGGAUUCUAA